AUGAGCGUGGAUGAUUAUGAUUAUUUAUAUAAAGUAGUAAUGAUAGGUGACUCAGGAGUUGGAAAAUCAAAUUUAUUAUUAAGAUUUACUCGAGAUGAAUUUGAUCCUGAAAAGAAAUCAACUAUUGGUGUUGAAUUCUCUUCUAAACAAAUUAGAUAUAAUGAUGAAACAGUUAGAACACAGAUAUGGGAUACUGCUGGACAAGAAAGAUAUAGAGCAAUUACUAAUGCUUAUUAUCGUGGUGCAUUAGGUGCAAUACUUGUUUAUGAUGUAACAAAAAAAUCAUCAUUUGAAUCACUUGAUCGUUGGCUAAGUGAAUUACGAGAUAAUGCUGACAAAAAAGUUGUUGAAAUGAUUGUUGGAAAUAAAUGUGAUUUAGAACAAAUGAGAGAAGUAAGUAUAAAAGAAGGAGAAGAUAUGGCAAAGAAAAUAGGUGCUUUCUUUUUUGAAACAUCAGCUUUUGAUGGAAAGAAUGUUGAAACUGCAUUUAUGGCUAUUAUUCAGAAAAUAUGUGAUGAACAAACAAGACUAAGAGCAUCAGAAACCAAACCAGUUAUUAAACCAAUUUCAGAUAGUAAAGUGGAAAUUGACAAAACACCUGAAGAACAACAAACACCGAAAAAAAGUGGUUGUGCUUGUUAA